AUUCCAAAUUUUACAAGCACAAUUUCACAGUUUAAGUUUAACGUGUUAGUUAUAACUGUUAUAUUCUCCCGCCAAUUUAGUGUAAGCGGUCAGGACUUAAAUUUUUGAAAAGAAGGCGACUUGCGAAACAUGGCUCGUACAAAGCAGACGGCUCGUAAAUCUACCGGUGGUAAAGCUCCCCGUAAACAGUUAGCCACCAAAGCAGCCCGCAAAAGUGCACCAUCAACUGGCGGAGUUAAAAAGCCUCACCGUUAUAGGCCAGGAACUGUGGCCUUGCGUGAAAUAAGACGUUACCAGAAGUCCACAGAGUUAUUGAUUAGAAAACUGCCAUUCCAACGACUCGUUAGAGAAAUUGCUCAGGAUUUUAAAACGGACUUGAGGUUUCAGAGUGCUGCAAUAGGUGCAUUACAGGAAGCCAGUGAAGCUUAUCUUGUGGGAUUAUUUGAAGAUACCAAUCUGUGCGCAAUCCAUGCAAAACGGGUAACCAUCAUGCCGAAGGAUAUCCAGUUGGCAAGAAGAAUCCGUGGCGAGCGUGCAUAAGUAAUUAGUCUACGAUGCUGACGGAAUUAGUACUUGCUAAUGACUCGUCUCUAUUAGCCAAUCGUUGAUUUUAUGUAGUGUUGAUAGGAGUGAUGUAAUUUGUUUUCUGUUUGAGGCCAGAGUCAACAUUUUAUAUGUAUCAUUUCAUUGUCUUAACCUUUGUACAAUGUUGUCAUUUGCAACUUUUUGUAUCAGUUUUCAUGUUGUAAACUUGUACCUUUUUUUUUGUUUUACUGAGAGAAUGUUUCUGUGUUGUAUGAUAUGUAAGAGUACCUCUGUGAUUUCCCUUAAACUUGGACCAUCAGUGUUUUAGAUUAGACACGUAUUGAUUUUACACUUCAAUUUAUAUCUUAACUUGACUGAUUUCGUCACAAAACAUGGAUGUUUAUAAAUGUUUGUCGAAGAAAGUAGUGUUCUCAUUUCACUGCCAGAAAUUUGCCUCCCUCCACUAUAUACAUAAAUAUCUAUAUAUGUAUAUAUAAUGUUGUACAGAACAAUGAUUGGCAUGUCAAUAAAAUUAAGAUCUAUAUGUAUAAGAUAUCCAAAUUAUCAUGUUCAUAAAUAAACAUUCCAUGUAAUAUUUUUGUUUUA